UCGGCUGUUGUGUGGAUGACUGGCCAACACUCGGAUAUUGUUGACUAUCCGAACGUAACGCUCGACAGGUGUGGUAUCGGACGUCAGUCACUGUUGUUGACUAAAGAUGUCGGACAUUGUCUUAAAUGGUAUAACAGAUCAUCACUUAUGUUGAGUGAAGUACAGUACGGACGGGUGGCUGAACCGGGAGAGUGGCCAUGGAUUACAUACAUUGAAGUAACACUAAAAUAUGAUAGUUGGCUUUGUUUUAAUGAUUGCUAUAGAAGUAUAUCGGGAACAGGAGUUAUACUAAAUAAACAAUGGAUUAUUACUGCCGCACAUGUACUAUUUAUGAUCAAAAAUGAGUAUAAAGACUACAAAAUCGAUAGUAUUGUUGUCUAUCCGGGAAUCAAUGAUAAACGUGUUUUAGGAAAAUCAUAUGAAUCGGACAAACAUUUUGUAAAUCCUGUAUACGAGUACUCACAUAAUACUGGUGACGACAUUGGAUUGAUUAAACUGAAAGAGGAACUACCGAUACCCACACCCAACAACCCAUUAUCAACAGCACCAGUAGUACAACAAUCGGACAAUCAAUUCAUGUAUACAACACAAACAAUGAAUAGUAUUUGUUUGCCAAAAGAAAGUCUAACUAAUUUUAGACAAGAGUUUGCAUUGUUUGCCGGUUUUGGACUUUUAAAUAACAGUCAACCAAAUGAGGAUCGGCUGAGAAUGGGUUGGACAAGGAUUUCAGGACAAAUGUCUAAUACUACCGAUGAAUACGGAAAAUGUAUUAUUGGAUUAAGAGAUCCCGAAUAUACGGGAUCGGCUCUUUGUAAAGGUGAUUCUGGUGGUCCACUCAUACAAUACAUUAAUGAUAGGGCUGUCCUAAUUGGUAUACAAGUCGAAGUUGAUGCAUUAAAGGGACAGUCGUGUACGGGAUUAACAACGGAUAGUCUAAUGUAUUUUGUUAGGAUAGCCCAUCAAAUAUCAUGGAUUGUACGCACUGUUAGCCGAAACUAA